AUGCAUAGAUACAAAGUAUCAAAAAAUGCAAAAGAUCUUAUUAAAGAAUUGCUUGAUGUUGAUUCUGAAGAUAGAUUAGGAUCAAAAUAUGGAGCAUCUGAAAUUAAACAACAUGACUUCUUCUCUAAUAUUAAAUUUGCGUUAAUUAGAAAUAUGACACCACCUAUUAUUCCUCGAUUAAAUGGUCGUAGAGAUACAUCAUACUUUUAUCAAUAUAAACCUUAUGAUGAUGACGUUCCUGAUGAUUGGGGAUAUGCUGCAGAGCAAAAAUUCUAUACUCCAAAGAAGAACCAAAUGAAAUUAACAUCAUUGGAUGACAUAACAUCAUCUAUCAAUAAAAUGAAAGAAGGAAAUUAA